AUGACUUCUGAUGAGACUGUUGCCGUCAACAUCGACGAGCUCCGCAACACCAAGGAUGCCGUCCUCCUCCGGUUGAUGGGUCUUCAAACCUACAUCGCCGAACUUAGCAAGGCAUACAUUGAACAUGCCAACAGCGUUAUUAACGGCGAAUCUGCCGCCAUUAAACUGCCCGCUGUCCCGAGUCACUUGACUGGUCAGCUUGAGGGUGGUCUUCAUGCCCAGAGCCCCGACAAGACCGAGGCCGGCCCCAAGAAGCGCAAGCGCGCACCCGUCGACCCCAAUGCACCCAAGCGUGCCCUGACCCCGUACUUCCUGUACAUGCAGCACAACCGCACCAAGAUCUCCCAAGACCUCGGAGAAAAUGCCCGCCCUAAGGAGGUUGCGGAUGAAGGCACCCGCCGCUGGCAGACUAUGCCCGAUGAGAUGAAGGAGGUCUACAAGGCAAUGUAUGCUGAGAACUACGAGGCGUACAAGGCGGACAUGGCCGCCUACAAGGCCGGCAAGUCUGCUGACAACGACCCUGCUGCCAACCAGCUUCAGCAAGACUUUGCUGGUGCUGAAAACUCCCGCGAGACUGAUGAUUCCUCGUCUGAAUCCGAGGAUGAAACGUCGCCCUCUCCUCCUCAGCCUCCCAAGAGUGAGGGAAAGAAGGAAGUUGUCGAGUCUCCCCAGGCUGCUGCAAAGCAAGCCUCUCCAGUCAAGAGGCUCCGAAAGGCCGCUGCCGCCGAGCCACCAUCAUCGGCCAAGGCCACCCCUGCCAGCAACAGCCGCAAGAGCAAGAAGCGCAAGAGCGAGGCAUAA